AUGGAGAACAAUGCUCCGCAAGCUGAGUUCGCAUUCUUAUCGGCGUGUCAUACUGUCGCUAGUGAUAAGGAGACGCGCGACGAAGUUAUUCACUCUGCAGCUGAGCGUCUUGGCACGCUGUGGGCGGUCGACGACGCUGUCGCAAACCUCGUCGUCAAAGCUUUCUAUGAGGAUAUGUUCAAGGAUUUGAAGGAGGGCAUCAUGAACUGUACAGAGGCGGCCUUGGCUCCAAACCAUGGUACGGCUGCCGUGAAGAAGCAAGUACCGCUCGAGCAGAGAAUCAUUUUCAUUCAUGUUGUCAUGCUUCUGGUCUCGAACGAUCAUCCAGUCUGCUGCGGGGAGAUUAUUGGUAUCUACCUUCGAUCCGCUGCUUCUUCUUCGUGUACUCAAGUCCUGGAACGCUCAGAUUUCAAGCCACCCUGUACGUUCUUCUGCCCUUCUGAACGCGCCAAGUACCACCAGCGCAACAGGCGCGUCGACGGGCACCACAGAAAUGUUCAUAGAGCACUUCUCGAGUCAUUUCUCGGUAGUGAUGCUAAAGGAGACGAGGAUGGUCGGUCUUCAAAAAAUACACUCUCCACAUACCUCCCUAAUCAUGAGACUCCCUUUGGUGACAGCAUCAAAAAUUUUGCGGGUGAUAUCCCUCCACUGGUCUCUGUCGGGACAUCCAACUCCGUUGCAACACUUGAGAGGGUGGCUUAA